UAUUAUUUAAGGUUUUUAAAUUUCGCUUUUUAUUCAGCGGCUCUUCAAUUUACAUUAUAAACAUUCUGGUACUUAGGGUCCAAAUUACCCUAGCAACCAUGUAUUGAUUUGAAUAAGAGACUGAAAUAUGAGAAAUAAAAAUUAGCAAUAACAAUAAAUUUGUAGCCUUACAUUUGAUCUUAAGAAAGGGUCAGUGACGCCCAUUUGAAAGCUGGAAAGUGACUUGAAGGGGGACCGCACGGGACAUAACUGUCAGUUAGUUUUCUUUUUAAUCUGACCUGCAUGCUAAGGACGAAGUAGUGUUCUGAUUAACAUUUUUUAUUAUGCACAGCCUUUCUAUUUAGCAAGUUUUGUUUGUACGCUGAACUGUUCCUUCCUUGUGUUCAUAUUUAACAUAUUAACAUGCAAAUACAAAUUCAUCAACAGAUUCUUUCCACAAAGUACAAAUGAUUAAAAGACCACCAGAUCCAAUUCCAAACUUUCAGUCCAAUAUGUUCCUUGUUUCCAUGUGUGGAACUGGUUACCUGUGAGUCAGAUAGAAGAUCUCUUGGCUCUGAUUGCAGCUGAAGUGCCUCGUGGAAGAAGAUAUUUUAUAGGUCCUUAUGAUUAUUUGUAAAUGAUUAUCCAGUUGUGAAUGAAUGACACACAUCUCACGACAAGUAUGACUUCAAUUCCACUUCCUUAUGCAAAGCAGGGAAAUGCUUUAAAUGAUAACGCUAAAAUUUGCAUUUUUUUUUGUCAUUUGCUAGGUGUUUUCAACUAAGGGAUACUGCUUAUAAUGGCAAUGCUAUAGUUCGCAUUGUGUGGGGGUUUAUAUUGAGGUAUGGUGUAUCGGUGUAUUAUGCUUUUAGUUAACAGUAGCGAGACACCUAGUGGUGAUUCCGGGUAAUGCACAGUAAGUUUCAGUAUUUGGCAAGGUACCGGCUGAGGGGACUUUAUCUAAACUGCCAGAAAGUGGUCGUCAGUGGAAGAUGUGGCUGCUGGCGCUCAUGUUGAUUGUUAGUCUCUGUGACGCACGGCAGCUGGAUCCCACACCCACAUAUACCAAUGAACGUUUUGUCAACGAUCUUUUGAAUGCCCAUAAUGACAUUCGGAAUGAAUUCGGAAAACAAGCCGCAAACAUGCUACACAUGUCAUGGGAUGUAGGUUUGGCAAAACUUGCACAAGCAUGGACUAUAUAUUGUAAAAAGGAACCAAACCCGCACCUGAACAAAGAAAGCAUAUAUCCCAGAUUUAAACAAGUUGGAGAAAACCUUUACAUGGGUCCAUCCAUUGACAUAUUUAAAAUAGUUACUAACUGGGGACUUGAAAGUAACUUCUACAAUUUUAAAAAUAAUUCCUGUACGCCUGGUAAAGACUGUAGCCAUUUUACACAGAUUGUUUGGGCAUCUACUUAUAAAGUCGGUUGUGGUGCUGCAUACUGUGCACAUAAGUUUGCAUAUGUAGUCACUUGCACUUAUGGACCACGUGGAAAUGUUCCAGGACAAGUCCCUUUCAUACAGGGUGUGAAAUGUUCUAACUGUGGAGGAGAAAAAUGCAAUGUGGCUUCAUGUGGUAAUCCAUCACGAGACGAUAACUAUGGGGAUUACAACUUUUGUCCACCCUUUGCAACAAUUGAUUGUUACAGGCUGGCUAGAGGUAAUGUAAGAGUGAAUAAUGAAAAAGUAAGAGUUGGCCGUGAAUGUCCAGACUGCAUAUACACAGACAGCAAUGGUGAAAGUGUAAAUGAAGAUCAAUUUGACUAUGUUGACUACUCACCUGGAAAUUUCAGUGUGUCCCACAGUAGUGCAGUGCAAAGAACUGCAUACAGUUAUUUUAUGUAUUUUAUGUAUUCAUUCAUGAUAUGGAAAUAAGAGUAUCACACAUAAUACCAUUAAGUAUUUGCUUUACUUAUGUAGUCUUAUAUUUGGUAAUGCAGUGUCCGUAAGGCACUGUUGUUACAAGAUUUUUUUAAUGGAAUUUACAACUGUAACAUUAGUCUGUUUACUUGGACAUGUUGACAUGAUUGUUUUCGUUCAGCUUUGGAGAUUCAAAAUUGUGUUAAAUUUCUGCAUGUGAAAUGCCUGUUAUUUAAUUUACCUAAUAGAAGUUUUCAGGGGAAUUACCUUUUUCAAGAGCAACCUAAGGCUCAGUAUAACCUACUUUUAUUAAUACUACAAAAAUAGGGCAACUGUACAGAUUCCCACAGACAGCAACCUUGCAAUUUAAGUUACAUCUUCCCACUAGAGAUGUAACCUUAUACCAACAAGCCAAGUGCUGUUUGCCUGGUUACCUAACUCUCUGAUAUUACACGGUAGGAUCAGAAGAUUCAAAAAUAUAAAUAAUGAUUUACAUAAUCCUGCAACCUUGUUUGGUGCUAUGUGCAUGCAUUUAACCACAAGCUAAUUGGUAGUUAUGGUCCAGAUCAGUGGCACCAGAAGAUACACUGGGGUUUUUUUAUUAGUGCUAACAACACAGAUAUAUUGUGUUUUGCCUUUUGUUGCCCUUUAACUAUUAUGUAGUCAUCAUGCAGUAGGGUAGAUAUUCAGGGUCAAUGUCUGUGUGCCUUCACCCUCCCCUGGUGAAUACAGCUUUUACAAGCUUACCUCGAAAAUAUUUAUAAUAUUAACAUAUGCUAGGUAAACUUUGUUUAAAAACAUAUUUAUGUGAUUUUUUAUUCAUCAACAUGUUAGGUUGCUCAUGUAAAACUAAUAACAUUGACAUAUUAAAAGAUUCUCUGCAUUCAUAUUGUUUUUUUUUUUUUAACUGCAGCGUCAACCCUUGUCUUUUACGUAACCAUAAAGGCUAAUGUCAAAAGAGAGAAUGUUUCCACAUAGAGAAAUGUCCAAAAAUACCCAUGCCAUUUGGCUUUGUUUUUAAAGGGAAAAUAUACCCCCAUUGCAGCUUAUUCAGUUGGACUUAAAAAAAAAAAUGUGCA